AUGAACAAGAAACCAUAAACUAAAGAUACAUUUCUUCAGACUAAUCUUUUCCUAUUAGCAACAUAAAUAGUGCUAAAUAUUAGUCUAAUUUAAGAAUUAACAGAAAUAAUGACUAGCUUAAUUGUUAUUAUUUUAAAGGUAAUAUUCGACAUUUUCAUAUUCUGUCUGUUGUAUCUUUUAUAGAAUAAAAUUACUCCAAAUAUCAUAUUGAAAGUGAGGUUUGCAGAUAGGAUACUCGAGAUACUUGCAAUUGCAAUAAUAUAAUUACCCAGUUGCAUAUUCUUAUCCAUUUAGAUGUGUUAUCCAUUGGAGAUAAAAGCAGAUCAAUGCUUAGCUAAAAUUACCCUAAUUGCAAACAUUCUUGGGAAAUUGACCCUCAUUUUAUCAGUUAGUUUGGUAUAGAUAAAUGCAAUAAGUUUUGUUUGCUCCUUUGUUUUAAUAGGCAUAGACAUUUUGAAAUUUACUCAAAGCAAAGGCAAAACCUAAAACAAAAAUCAAUAUUUGCAAUCCCAACUUAAUGAAUUAUAAUCUCCCUCUAAUUACUCCAAAAAAAGUGACAACAUCUGGAGAUAGAGAAUUUAAGACAUGAAUGUAUAAGUACUUAUUUUGGAUUAUUCCAAUUUAUGUGUUAAAUACAUUAAUUAAUGCUUUUUGAAAUUGUUUAAAUGUUCUGUAGAGGAUGAAUUGUAAAAAAUUAUUUUAUCCCAAUUAAACUUUUAAAUACCAUAAUAAUGUACAGAAGACUUUAAAAGUGCCUCACUUUAAAUAAAAAGACUGAGGGACAAAUAAAGAGAUCUGUCUUGUAGAGAAUUUAAAAACUUAGAAUCUACAAAGCAAGUUAUCAAAAUACAGACUAAGACUUUAGAGUAAAUUAUCAAUGAAUAUAAAUAAGGGUACUAUGAUUCAUUGAUAUAAGCCUCAAGCAACAAAGCUUUUGAUAUAUCUUGCACUCUUAAGUUAUAGAAUAGCAAUCCCAUUUCUUUGAGUGGAUAGAUAAUUAGUGAUAAUGAAGAGAUCACUAUCUUUUUAAAUGACAUCUCCAAAUAGACAGAAUUAUCUCAAUAGAAAAUUAAAGAUGAUUUCAAAUCAAAAAUAAUUGAGUCAUUUUCUCAUGAAAUGAAAACUCCUUUAAACAGUGCCAAAAAUUUAAUAGAAUCAACACUGUCCGACUCAACAGUAGAUAAUUAUAUCAAAAAUCAAUAUUUGUAACCAGCAUUCAACUCAUUGAAAUUACAAUCAUAUAUCAUUAAUGAUAUAAUUGAUUUUUCAAAUUAUUAUGCGAAUUCAUUUUACCUUUAGACCAGAGAUUUUACAUUCAAAGAAUUAAUAAAUGAGAUUAGUGGGCUGUUUCAAUAAUAGUUUGAGAUGAAGAAUAUGGGUUUGGUAAUUGUAAUGAAGAAAAAUCAUUUUUCAACUUUUAAUACUGAUUAUAAUCGCCUAAUUUAAAUCAUAGUAAAUUUAUUAGCAAAUUCUUUAAAGUUUUCAUACGGAGGUAAUGUGUUUGUUAAUUUUAAAUCAAUGGAUUAGAACACCUUGAAAAUAUCCAUUAAGGAUGAGGGGAUUGGCAUUGAACAAGAAAAAUUAGAGAGAAUUUAGAGAACUUUAUAUCAAUUUUAGGAGACAUCUGAUUUUGUAUUUAAUUAAGGCUGGCAUGGAUUUGGACUGUUGAUAUCAUCAAUUUUAUUAACAAAGCUGUGUGCCAAUACAAAUAAAUAGUUACUGUCGAUAAAAAGUAAAGGGAAGAAUUUAGGAACAAAAGUAACCAUUUUUGUGGAUGACUAAAAUAGAGGAUAAUGUAUGUUGGCUUCUAGAAAAUCAGAUAUAAUUGGAGCAAAAAUCCAUUCUUAAAAUAAAAUAUAAAUUGGAACUGUAAUUGUUACAUCAGUUAAGAAGAUGUCAAAUCACAAGAACAAUGAUAUAAUUUUUCCUUAAUUGAAGACAAAAGAACUCUUUACUGAUAUUAUAGAUUAAUCAAGCGAAUUUUUGACUCUGAAUAGUAAAGUUAAAGAAUUGCAGGCAUCAGAUCCUAAACUAAUAAGCUAUUUGAAUGAUUCACCCAGCUCAGAUUAAAGUCCAGAUAUUAAUUAUAGGCAAUUAGGAUAAUCGUAUGAUUAUCCCUCAAUACAACAUCAAUUUAAAGAUCAAAAGUCAUGUAAGAGUUCUAAAUCGCAGUUAAAAUAAUUGGAAGAUAAGGAAAGUGAGUUUAAUCUAUUGAAUUUUGUAUAAAAAAAGAAAUGUCACUGCAGAAGGAUACUUUCAGUAGAUGAUGAGGUUUUUAAUUAACACUCGUUGUGUAUGCUUUUGCAAAAACUGGACUUUGAAGUUUUGGUGGCUUUCAAUGGCUAAUAAGCAAUAGAUAUGAUAGGCCAAUUAUAAAAGUGCUGUGAUCAUUGUUAAUUACUUGAUCUGAUUUUGAUGGAUUACCAAAUGCCGAUAUUAAAUGGGAUUGAGACAACAAAACUCAUCUUAGAGAUGAUAAAGGCCUAGAAGAUCCCUCUUAUCAAGAUCAUUGGUUUAACAGCAUUCACAGCUGAAUCAGAUGUAAUAAAUUGUUUAGAUGCAGGGAUGACUUAUGUAUUAUCCAAACCAUUAAACUUAAAAGAAUUUAAAGAAUUAUUGCCAAAUUUAUGA